AUGUCGGUCACUGUGAAGGCCUAUCUGCUGGGAAAGGACGAGAACCACAAGGAGAUCAGACGAUUCGGCCUGGAGCUGGCCAAAGGGAAGUCUGCUGCUCUGGUCUCCAGCUGUGAGCUGCUCAUCAGGAAGGUGACUGAAGUCUUUCAAGGCCUGAGAGGGGGAGCCUUCCAGAUGUUCUACAGAGAUGAAGAAGGAGAUCUGGUUGCCUUCUCCACUGAUGAGGAGCUGAAUAUGGGUCUUGAAAUCCUUAAUGAAGGUGUUUUCCGUGUCUACAUUAAAGAAAGGAAAGACUGUAAGCGUGAGCACCGUUCACACUGCGGACAGGAGAAUCCCCAGAAUGUAUUCCACCCUAAUGUGACCUGUGAUGGAUGUGAUGGUCCUGUGGUGGGGGAACCGGUACAAGUGCCUGAUUUGCCCGGAUUAUGACCUGUGCAGUACCUGCGAGGGGAAAGGAAUCCACAAGGAGCACAACAUGAUUAUGUUCCCUACUCCCAUUCCUUUUCCUCGUGGGCGCUGGUUCCGUAAGAUGCAUCAUGGAGUGCCACCUUUCCCCUGGAUGCAUGGCUGGGGUUACUCUGGCAGAGGCUUUCACUGCCCAAAUUCCCAGCAAGCAGAGUGUAAUGAACCACAAUGUCAGACUCCACCCGCAGAAGGUGCUGCUCCUAAUUCUUCUCAGCCACCUCAUGAUCCUAAUGUCACCUUCUUGCAAAAUGUUGGUGAAAGUGUGGCAGCCAUGUUGAGUCCUCUUGGAAUCGAUGUGGACAUUGAUGUUGAACAUGGUGGUAAACGCAGCAAGAUUGCAACCCCACAAUCUGGUUCUGAAGCUAGAGAUUCCCAACCAAGCAGCUCAUCCUUCACUUCAAACCCUCAGAAUGGUAACAGCAGAAAUGGAGACGAAGAGUGUAUGGAUACAGAUUCCAUUGCUAAACGAAUGAAAGAUGUUUCUCUGAAUUCCUCUGUCCAGAAUGAACAAAGUGAACACAGCAGCAAUGCAUCAGGUGGUGAAGAUGACUGGACUCAUGUCUCCUCCAAAGAAGUGGACCCUUCCACUGGUGAGCUACAGUCCCUUCAAGCAGACGCAGAGGGACCCAGUUCUUUAGACCCAAACAGACCCAUGCAUGCUCCCACAGGUCUCAGAGAAGCUGCUAUUUAUCCACACCUCCCAGAAGAAGCAGAUCCUAGACUCAUUGAAACACUAUCACAAAUGCUGUCCAUGGGUUUCACAGACGAGGGAGGCUGGCUUGCCAGGCUCCUGGAAGCAAAACAAUAUGACAUUGGGUCGGCUCUUGAUGCCAUGCAGUCUGUGCGGCAUCUUCCACGCUAA